AUGCUCUCAUCUCUUGUUGAUAGCACUCGAUCUGCUUUCCAAGAAGGCCAAUCAUCUUUAGACUCCAUUGUUCUCGGUCAUGAAAUGAUCCACUACUGCUUAUCUAAGAAAAUUGAAACCUAUAUCCUUAAAAUUGGUUUCAUGAAGUCAUUUGACCGUGUUAGUUGGAACUUCAUCCUUUCUCUCCUUAAGGCUAGAGGUAGGCUAGAGGUAUUAGUCCUCUAUGGUGCAAAAUGGAUUGAACAUAUUCUUGCAUUAUCCAAAUCUUCUGUGAUAGUUAACGACUACCUGACUAAUACCUUUGACUGCUAUAGAUGUCUUAAGCAAGAUGAUCCUUUAUCCCCUAUGUGUUUCAUCCUUGCUGCAGAUAUUCUUAAUAGAAUGCUGAUUAGUAGUGUCAACUCUGGAGAUUUAGCAGAGCUUCAUCUUAAACGUAGAUUAAAUGAUAUCUGGUCUCUACAAUUUGCUGAUGAUACUCUGAUCUUUUGUAGAGCGGAUCAUCAAAAUGUCUCCACUCUUGAGUCUAUCCUCUAUCUCUUCAAUGAUGUCUCAGGUAUUGCUAUCAACUAUAUCAAAUCUAAUCUUUCUUACUCAUGGAAACAUUUCGAUCGAGGUGCUUCCCUAGCUAUAAUUAUGAAUUGCUCUUUAUCCUCCCCUUUCAAGUAUCUUGUUCUCCCUCUGAAAAAUGAUCCUUUACUAAGUAAGACUAGCAGCCUCUCAUCGACUCCUUCCAUAGGAAAUUAUUAUUGUGGAAAACCAAAUGCUUAUCUUUUGGUGGGAGAAUUGUCCUUCUAA